AUGGACCGCUUCUUCCACAAGCUCGAGGAAAAGCUUGACGAGGUCAAGGAUGUCUUUGGGCACGGGGAUAAUGACCGCCGUGACGAGAACCGACCACAGGAGGAGCGCCCUCAGGAGCGUCCCCAUGAAGAGCGCCCCCCUCGGCAUGAGGAGGACCCUCUGGUAGCCCAUCACCAGGAUGACGGCAGGCGACCUGACCCGGUCAACACGAACCGCUACCAAUCUUUUGCUUCCCCAACCACAGGCGGUGCCAAGUGGUACGUGGAUGGUGCGAGCUACUUCUGGGCUGUCUCCGUGGCCCUUGAACAGGCAAAGGAGAGCAUUUAUAUCCUGGACUGGUGGCUGAGCCCUGAGCUCUAUCUCCGACGACCGCCGGCUCGCAAUGAGCAAUACCGCCUUGACAACAUGUUGAGGGCGGCUGCCGAACGGGGUGUUCAAGUCAAUAUCAUUGUCUAUAAGGAGGUCACUCAGGCAUUGACUUUGAACUCCGAGCACACUAAACAUGCGUUGGAGGGCUUGCACCAGAACGUCAGAGUCUUCAGGCACCCUGAUCACGGUCUGGAUGUAGACGGCGCCAAGGCCGACCUGGAGGCUGCAUUCAGCAACCUGUCCAUGGGGGCCUUGAAUGCGUUCAAGCUUUCCAGCGCCCCUCAGGAUGCCGUCAAAUCUCUCUACGGUUCCGCUGGCGAGGUUGUCUUGUACUGGGCUCACCAUGAAAAGCUCUGCCUCGUCGACCGCACAAUUGCGUUCAUGGGUGGUCUCGACAUGUGUUUCGGCAGAUAUGAUACCAACAGCCACCCCAUCGCUGAUGCCCACCCUGGCAACCUCGAUGCAAUCAUCUUCCCAGGUCAAGACUACAACAAUGCUCGUGUCUUCGAUUUUGAGGGAGUGGAUAACUGGAACCACAACCAACUGGACCGAACCAAGAGCUCAAGAAUGGGUUGGUCUGAUAUCUCCAUCUCUCUGAACGGACCCAUUGUCAGUAGCCUGUUGGAUCACUUUGUGGACAGAUGGAACUUUAUCUGGAACCAGAAGUACAAGGAUCAAGAUCCAGGCAAAUACCAGCAACUCGAAUUCGAGGGUGGCAGCACGAUUGCAUCCGGCAACUUGAGCGGCGACUUCCAGGGACGCCUACGAGGCCGCCAGCACAGAUAUGGCGGCGAAGAAGAGUAUGGCCGCGGAGACUCUGGCUCUUCUGGAAAUGCCUCUAUCCAGCUUUGCAGAAGUUGCACGGAUUGGUCUGCUGGACACCCCACAGAGCACUCGAUUCAGAACGCUUAUAUCGACGCUAUUGGAAACGCCCGUCACUUUGUCUACAUUGAGAACCAGUUCUUCAUCACCGCUACCUCUGAUGAGCAGCACCCUGUCAAGAACAAGAUUGGCGCGGCCAUCGUGGAGAGGAUCCUGAGGGCCCACAAUGCUCGCGAAGAGUUCCGCGUGAUAGUUCUCAUGCCCGCAGUGCCCGCCUUUGCCGGAGACCUGCACGCGGACGGAGCUCUGGGUACUCGCGCGAUCAUGGAGUUCCAGUACAACAGCAUCAACCGCGGUGGCCACAGUAUCAUGGAAGCCCUCCGCCAACAAGGCGUGGAGGACCCGAGACGCUACAUCACAUUCUACAACCUGCGCAACUACGAUCGAAUCAACACGUCUGAGACCAUGGGCCGUGCUGAGGGAGAGAGCGGCGUGCCGUACGAGGAGGCCCGACGCGACUUCGACGAUAGAGUCGGUGCCGGUAACUACCCGUACGGCGAGAGAGAGGAGGGCCGAAGAGACGACUACGGCGGUAACCAGUAUGAAAGAUACCAGAGGGCCGCCGAGUCGGCCCCUGAUCAGACAUGGGACACUAUCUCUGCCUGCUACAUGGACGGCGGUGCGGAGUUGAACCGCCUCCCUUGGCAAGGUAGCCCCGAAUCUGAGAUUGAUGCCUAUGUCUCAGAGGAGCUAUACAUCCACUCCAAGGUGCUUAUUGCCGACGACAAGCUCGUCAUCUGUGGCUCUGCCAACUUGAACGAUCGAUCUCAGCUGGGCGACCACGACUCGGAGAUUGCCGUGAUCAUCGAGGAUCAGGAGCCAAUCGAGACCACCAUGAACGGGCAGCAAUUCACCGCCUCCAAGUUCGCAACCUCGCUCCGACGCCAACUCUUCCGCAAGCACCUGGGCCUGCUGCCGGACCAGCGCGUCGACAGCGUCAACGCCAACUGGACCCCGAUCACCCAGGAUGCGCAGGAGUACGAUUGGGACUCGCCCGCGGACCGCCUCGUGGCGGACCCGAUGACGCGCGAGUUCUGGGACCUCUGGACGGGCACCGCCCGCACCAACACCGAGGUCUUCAACAAGGUGUUCCACCCGGUCCCCACGGACCUGGUCCGCACCUGGGACGAGUACGAGCAGUUCUUCAGCCGCCACUUCAUCAUCCCCGGCGUGGAGAUGAAGGAGGAGGACAAGCAAGGCAAGGUGGAAUACGGCCACGUUGUCCGCGAGGAGUUCCCGGGAGGCGUCGGCGAGGUCAAGGAGUGGCUGGGCCGCGUCCGCGGCACCCUCGUCGAGAUGCCCCUCGAGUUCCUGAUCGAUGUCCACGACCUGGCCAAGGAGGGGCUCAGCUUGAACACUUUCACCGAUGAGAUCUACACUUAG